UCUCCAAAUCCCCCAAUCCUAUUUGCGCCGCCGCCGCCUUCGUCGAACCUUCCUUCCACUCCAGCUCCUACAAAACCACUAAUCCCUCCUCCUCCACUCACCCCGCCCAACCAACCCCCACGCCGCCAUGGGCUCCUCUUACGACCCCUCCCCCUCCCCUGGCUCCGGCGCCGACGACCUCUUUCUCUACCUCUCCGACCUCACCCCGGCCUCCCCCUCCUCCUACCUAGACCUCCCGCCCACGCCUCACAACGAGCAGCAGCCCUCCCCCGCCGGCAACGGCGGGGGCGGGACCGCCGGCUCUCCGGAGGACCUCGUGCUCCCCUACAUCUCCCGCAUGCUCAUGGAGGAGGACAUCGACGACAAGUUCUUCUACGACUACCCCGACCACCCCGCCCUCAUCCAGGCCCAGCAGCCCUUCCUCGACAUCCUCUCAGACGACGCCACCACCCCAAGCGGCAGCAGCGGCAACACCCACCCCUCCUGCUCCUCCUCCGACGUCGCCUUCGACGCCUCCGCGCCCCUCACCCCCGCAGCCGUCAACUCCUACCCCACCAGCUUCGAGGUCGACCUCGGCCCAGCAGCCUUCUUCAGCGCCAGCGCCAACUCCGACUUCAUGAGCUCCGCCUUCCUCAAGGGCAUGGAGGAGGCCAACAAGUUCCUGCCCAGCGAGGACAAGCUCGUCAUCGACUUCGACGCGCCCUCCUACUCGUCGGGGGACUUCCAAAGGGGCGGCGUCCAGGGGUCCAACAAGUUCCUGCCUAGCGAGGACAAGAUCGCGGUCGGAUUCAACGGCGGUGCCCCUGCUCCUCCCGCGGCGCCAGCUGUGGCGGUGAGCAUGAAGGAGGAGGCUGUCGAUGCGAUGCCUGGAGGCGGCGGCGGUCGGGGCCGCAAGAACCCGUACGACGACGAUUUGCUGGAGCUCGAGGGCGGCAGGAACAGCAAGCAGAGCGCGGUGCAGGGGGAGGACGACGCCGCGCGGGACAUGUUCGACAAGAUCAUGAUGCCCUCCCACGAGAUGUGCGUCGAGCAGAUGCAGAAGCUGCGGAUCGCCAUGCAGGAGGAGGCGGACAAGAACGAGGGUGGGAAGGCCGGGAACGGGAAGGCGAAAGGGCGGCGCGGCGGGAGGGAGGUUGUGGACCUGCGCACCCUGCUCAUCCACUGUGCGCAGGCCGUGGCCACGGACGACCGCCGCAGCGCCACCGAGCUGCUCAAGCAGAUCAAGCAGCACGCCACCCCGCAGGGGGACGCGACGCAGCGCUUGGCGCACUGCUUCGCUGAGGGCCUGCAGGCCCGGCUCGCUGGCACUGGCAGCAUGGUGUACCAGUCGCUCAUGGCGAAGCGCACCUCGGCUGUGGCGUUCCUCCAAGCGUACCUGCUGUACAUGGCCGCCAUCUGCUUCAAGAAAGUGGUCUUCAUAUUCUCAAAUCACACGAUCUACAAUGCCUCCCUGGGUAAGAAAAAGAUACAUAUUGUCGAUUAUGGUAUACAGUAUGGGUUCCAGUGGCCAUGCUUCCUGCGACAUAUAGCAGAUAGGGAGGGUGGGCCGCCGGAGGUGAGGAUUACCGGCAUUGACCUCCCCCAACCUGGGUUCCGCCCGGCUGAGCGCAUUGAGGAGACAGGGCGCCGCCUUGGUAAAUAUGCCCAUGAGUUUGGUGUGCCAUUCAAGUAUCAGGCGAUCGCGGCAUCUAAGAUGGAAUCCAUCCGCAUGGAGGAGCUGAACAUCGAUCCAGAUGAGGUGCUCAUCGUGAACUGCCUGUAUCAGUUCAAGAACUUGAUGGAUGAGAGUGUUGUGAUUGAAAGUCCAAGGGAUAUCGUGCUCAAUAACAUCAGGAAGUUGCGGCCUCAUACGUUCAUCCAUGCAAUUGUGAAUGGCUCAUUCAGUGCCCCAUUCUUCGUGACACGGUUCCGGGAGGCUAUGUUCUUUUACUCGGCCUUGUUUGAUGUUCUGGACACAACCACCCCAAAGGACAGCGACCAGAGGAUGCUGAUUGAGCAGAACAUCUUUGGGCGGUCUGCACUGAAUGUCAUUGCUUGUGAAGGUACAGAUCGGGUGGAGCGUCCUGAGACGUAUAAGCAAUGGCAGAUGCGGAAUCAACGAGCAGGCUUGAAGCAGCUGCCAUUGAAUCCAGAAAUCGUGCAGAUAGUGCGAAACAAGGUCAAGAAUUGCUACCAUAAGGACUUUGUGAUUGAUGUAGAUCACCAAUGGCUCUUGCAGGGAUGGAAGGGGCGCAUCCUCUAUGCCAUCUCGACAUGGGUGGCAAAUGAUUCUGGCUCUUAUUUUUAACCGUUUCUUUACUCACUUGUCUACAAAUAUAGAUGUAGCUAUACCAUCCAUUAUAUCUAGUGGCUGUAUGUUAUGUUUGGCCCAGUUAGUAGCCAUGGUUCUGUGGACUUUGUGACUCAAGGUACGUCUAUUCAGAAUUCAACAUGAACUUGUUUCCAUGGGUAGAUUGUUUUGCUCAUAUGAACCAGUUCAUGCAAUUUAGGUUCUGAGGAACAUGGGUAACACAAGAUGUGGGAAUUCGUGUAGAAAUCCAUGCUUGGAUGUAAUGUGAAUUAGAUGUUUAUGCAGUCUUGUUGCUUAGUGCUAUGUAGAUUCUUGAUCUAUGUCCUGGUCUGGAUAAUGUUCGCAGCAGCAUCGCCUGUGCUUGUGCCUUGUGAUCAAUCCAGUCAGUUGAUCAGGUCGUAAUUGACACUGGUUACUCUGUAUCCGGUGCUUACUGCACCGUGUCAGACUGUAGCAUUGUACGAUAACGUGAUGAUGCCUGGGUUUUGUCUGGUCUA